AAUGGAACAAAAUUUCGCAACAAACGAAAAUUGGCUACUGCCUGGGUUGUAGCUACUAGGUCAGGGGAAUGGAAUCUCAGGGUAGAGGUCGAUAAAUUCAGCCUAAGUGAGUAUUUUCAAAAUUACUCCUAGGAUUCCAUCCCCUUGCUAUUACCAUGGGGUUGCAGCCAUGGGCAGUAGUGAAUUUUUUUUUCCACUUGAACGAAACUUGACUUGCUAUCUUUUAGCCUAUUUUUAUACAUGUAUUAUUGCAUAUGAAAAAAAUCUUAUUAUAACCAAGAUUGGUUGGUAUAGUUGGCUAGAUAGAAUCAAAAUUCGAGUCCGGAUCAGGUUCUCGUAUGAGAAUCAUUCUUUGCAUACCAUCGCUAGAAACAUCAUUUUGAAUCUAGGUUGAUGCCUCGUAAUCUAUAUACUCCUUAGGGCAAUUAUUUUUUCUUUUUUUAUUUUUUAUUAUUAUUAUUUUUUUUUUUUUUACAUCUCAUUGAUGUAUCCUUUGCCUAAUAAUCAAGCUUUUCGAAAUGCUCCAACGGAAGUUGUCAUUCACAAUAAAGGUUUGUGCAGCACUACCACUGGAUUGCGACCUUGCAUUUCUAAGCUAACCCCAAAAGAGAAUCACAAAUUUAAAGCAAUCCUUUUUGUGAUCAUUUCUCUCUUAGCAGUACAGUUGUUUCUUCUAUUUGCAUUUCUUGGGAUUUUUUCAUUUUUCUGUCGAAGAAUGAGAUGCAUAGUGGGUAACCCAAUUAUAGACCAACAACAUAGAGAUGUGUUUACAAUAUGGAACUAUGAUGAGAGAAUAGCAUACGAAGACAUCAUUGAAACAACUGAAUAGUUUCAUCCCAAAUAUUACAUUGACAUGAGAAAACAUGGAAUUGUUUAUAAACCAGAGUUAUCAACUGAAUAGUUUCAUCCCAAAUAUUACAUUGACAUGAAAAAACAUGGAAUUGUUUAUAAAACAGAGUUAUCAUCAGGUCAGCUGAUAACUAUAAAGAAGUUCACCUCUUACUCGAUGGCUAAACAUUUCAAAAUAUAUGAUUUUUUUUUUUUUCAACAUGUUACAAGAUGGUAAAAAAACACAAGUCGCUUGUUUUAACAGAAAAGUUAAAAUGUCAUUUAUAAAAGGUGAAAAAUAAGUCAUAAAGCUGCUUAAUGUUGCCUUGAUUUCUUGAAAAAAAAGAAAAAAAGAGGCAGGUAUCAUGUGUGUUUCAAGGAGCAGUGCCCUUGGUAUCACGGUCAUGCCCAGUGGCUCAAGAGCUUACAUGUGGACAAAAUCGGACCAAUCAUGCAACAAGUGGCUCAAGAGCUAUCAACUUUGCAGUGUUUUCCAAAGAAACUUCAGGAACAUAAUUUUGGGACCACUACUAAAUUUUGACAUGUGAAUUUUGUCCAAGAGAUGAAGACUUUGUGCUUUAAGUCUAUUUAGUUUUUUCCUUUUCAUGUAUUUGGUGUGUGGUGAAGAACGAUGCUUGCAUUAUUGCGAUAAACCCUAUUAUUUCCUUGAUAGUUAGGUCAUCGUGAAUUUUUAUGUUUUUAUCAUUUUUUUUUUUUUCAAUUUGUGUGUUCUUUUAUUUGUUGACCAUUCCCAAUUGUGUAUGGGUGUAUAUGUGAAUUCUAGAUGUGAUUUUGAAAAAGAAUUAUUAUUGGAUGAGUAGAAGUCAAAGAGAAAGAGUGAGUGGACCGGUAGCCCAACACACCUUAUUUAGGAUCAAACACCAACGAAAGCCUUGUGGACUACUUUUCUCUUCCCCGAGGAGAUAAAGGGUUGUUGUUGUAUCAGGCAAUGGAUCCUCGAGUCUACAGGGCUGCAAAGCUUGGUGACAUUACACUUCUCCAACAAGUAGUGAUUGAAGAUUCUAGCCGAUUGCUAAGAGUAACUCCAAAUGAGAACACAGCCCUUCACGUCUCUGUGAGGUUCGGUCACAUAGAGUUUGUGAAUGAAGUGUACUCUGCUCUUCUCCGACACAAUUCAAAUUUAGAAGGUAACACGGAGUACAACAAAAGCCUAUCUCUCCUCACACAGGUGAACUCAGAAGGUGAUACUGCCCUUCAUGUAGCAGCCAGGGAAGGCCACAUUUCCAUAGCUAAAUUUCUAAUUGAAAAGAUAAAGUCUUGGCCUUCGGGCCAUGAUGUCGAAAGUGGAAAUUAUAGUUCACUUGUUCUUGAGAAAGUAAGGAUGAGAAACAAGAGCUUUCACACAACCCUGCACGAAGCUGUGAGUAGAAAUGACUUUGAGAUGGUAAAGUUGUUGACUGAGACUGAUCCUGAUUUAGGGCAUCCCAACUAUGAUGCUGAUCACGCAGAAGGAUGUGGGGAAUCUCCACUCUACUUGGCUGCCAGUGACGGACGCUUGGAUAUUCUCAACCAAAUCUUUCUCAUUUGUCCAUCUCCAGCUCAUGGUGGACCACAUGGUCGGACAGCUUUACAUGUGGCCGUCGUUGAAAGGAGGCUAAGUGUGGUGAAAGUACUAUUGGAGAAGAUGGGUGAAAUACUUGUGGAUAAAGCAGAUAAGAAUGAAAGGACCGCUCUCCACUAUGCAGUAUCCAACAGUUCCUUCCAAAUAACACAGCGGUUAUUGCAAAGAAGAGGUAAGUCUUCCGGUGACCUCAAGAUAGUACAGCAGUUGCUGAGGCAUGAUACUUCCAAUGCGUAUAAAUUGGAUAAAGAUGGUCUCUCACCACUUCACAUAACUGCUCUUGAAUCAAGCAUUCAGGUAUUUCGAGAACUCAUCAAAUGUUGUCCAGAUUCUGGGGAGUUGGUGGACAAAAAGGGUCGUAAUGUUCUUCACUUUGCUGUGAUGAGUAAGGAUUUCAAGAAAAUCAGUUUUGCCUUAAGGCAAGUAGAGCUUGAGGGACUGGUAAACAAGACAGACGAUGACGGAAACACCCCAUUCCACCUUGCGGCAACACUUGGCUCUUUCAUGCUUAUGCGACAUUUUCUUUCAAUUAGAAGAGUUGACGUAAAAGCGACCAACAACAAGGGUCAAACAGCUAUCGAAAUUUUUCAAUUGAUUCAAGAAGGAAACACAGCUUCAAUGUUGUUAUACCAAUUAUUGAUGGCUCAUAUUUUUUGGCCACGGCAUGCAAUAAAUGUAAGAGGAGAAAAUAAAUGGAUGAUUGGAGGAGGAGGAGGAGGAAAUAAGGAGCAAAUAUGCAGUGACCCCCUCCAGAAUCAGGCAGAGGGAGAAAAAAAAGCAGCAACAACAAAGGUUACAAAAAACCAAAGAGAAAUGGGGAAAACUCUCCAAAUAGUAGCCUCUCUUAUUGCCACCGUAACCUUCACAGCAGUUUUUCAAGUCCCCGGUGGCUACAAUAGCGAUCCCAAUAGCAAGGAUUAUGGAAAGCCUUUACUCAUCGACAAUUUAGACUUCAAAAGUUUUAUGAGGCUCGAUAUUUCCGCUUUGAGUCUGUCGCUUUUUAGUCUGAUAGUCAUGUUCUUGGCCCCAUUUGCUGGCGACCAUUUCUAUUCUUCAUUUUUGGAAAUGGGUACAGCUCUUAUAUGCUACGCAAUUCUCUUCACUUUCGUAGCGUUCUUCAAGGGCAUGAGGGCAGUAUUAUCAAAUUUUGGGGUAGUCCUUGGCCAAUCCAAUAUCGGUUUAAAUUCCACGUCUUUAAUUAUGCAAUUAUUUUUGUACUUAUUUCUUGCAGAUAUUGUUGCUACUUUAUUUCUUUUCUGGCAUUCACGAAUCGAGUCCUUAAAGAAUUUGAUUCUUUUACUGCUUGGUGUUUUGUUCUUUUUAUUUGUGUCAUUCGGUGGCAAAUAUUCUCCUUUUUAAAAAGAAGAAUUAAGAAAAUUAAUGUCUGUAUUUGUUAUGUUGGUCUGGUAUUUGAAGUGACACUACUGUAAUGUGUUGUUAUGAAUCUUCUAUAUAUUUUAGUGAAAUUACUCUACUUAAUAAAGGUUUUUUCCAUUUA